CGGCUUUACUUCCGGUUUAGAGGUCACCAACGUGGUUGCUGGUGUUUUGAAACGUGUGAUGCAAAAAAAGUACAUUUGACAGAAACAGGAGAAAGAGAUGGGCGAGUUUAAGGUGAAUCGUAUCCGUUUCUUCAACCACAUGCCCAGCGCCAUCCGGGUCAUGGCGUUCAACAGCCACACGGAGCGGCUGGCGGUGGCCCGAGCCGAUGGCGCCGUGGAGAUCUUUAACUUUGCUGACAACUACUAUCAAGAGAAGGUGAUUCCUGGUCGGGAUGGAAAAGCCGUGGAGGCGCUGUGUUGGGUGGGCCGGCGUCUGUUCAGCGCCGGUUUGGAUGGAGAGAUCACAGAGUAUGACCUGGAGAACCUGAGGCCCAGAAACAGCAUGGAGGCCUACGGGGGGCCCAUUUGGACCAUCAGCAGCAACAGUCAGGGGACCCUGCUGGCGGCUGGGUGUGAGGACGGCACCGUGAAGAUGUUCGAGGUUUUGGAGGACAGGAUUCAGUUUCAGAGGAACCUCAGCAGACAGAAAGGUCGGAUCAUUUCCCUGUCCUGGCAUCCGACUGGAUCCCAGAUCGCUGCAGGAAUGUUGGACAUGAUCAAAAUCUUCGACGCAGAGACGGGUCACGCCACACACAGACUGCUGGUGGAGCGAGGCCUCCAGCGAACCUCUAACAGCCAGGAGGUGGUGGUGUGGAGCGUCGCCUUCUUGUCUGACCACACCAUCAUAAGUGGCGAUUCUGCUGGAAAGGUCCAGAUCUGGGAUGGCAUCACCGGAACGCUGGUCCGGACUCAUCUGCUCACCAAGUGGGACGUCCUGGUUCUAGCCGUGUCACCGGAUGAGAGCAGCGUGAUCGCUGGAACGUCGGAGGGAACCGUUGUCCAGUUCCAGUUCAUCUCCUCCACGGUGGACCAGCAGGACAAGCAGUGGGUCAGAACCAGGACCUUUAAGAGCCACUCGCAUGACGUGAGGGCGCUGGUUCACACCGACACGGCUGUGGUUUCUGGAGGAGUGGACACCCAACUGGUGGUGCGACCCCUGCUGGACAAAGUGGAGAAGAACACCCAGGAGUCUGCGAUGCGUAAAAUCAUUUUCCCUCAUAGAAAUCUCGUUAGCUGUGCAAAGAAAGCUGGGCUGCUCCUCUUCCAGUUUUCUGAUCAUUUGGAGCUGUGGAGGCUUGGAGAGAGCGACGGGAAUGGUAAACCAGGUGACCGUCUACCUGUGAAGAGGAAUCCAGAGAAACUGAUCCAGCUCAAGAGGAAGGGUGAGGAUAACAUCUGCUGUAGUGCUUUGUCUCCAUGCGGAGGCUGGUUGGCGUACGCCACCGUCUCCAGCGUCCGUCUCUACAGGCUGCAGCUGGACAACAACAUCAGCAUCAACAAGGUGUCCAAACUCCCUAAAGAACUGAACUCGGUCCAUCAGCUGAGUUUCUCCUCUGAUUCCUCCAAACUCUUCGCCUCCUCCAUUCUGUCGUCAGUCAUCGUCGCUUCUGUCAAAGAGCUGGAGUGCAAAUAUCUUCAUACCUUCAAACCCCCGUCUGACUCCAGACAGCCUGUCCACCUGCUGUCUCCCAGUGAGGACGGUAACUGGUUGGCCACAGCAAACACAGGUGGAGAGAUUCAUGUCUUCGACGUUCACAAGCUAAAGCUCCACUGCUCGGUUCCGGUGUGUGGAUCCUGUCCGACGGCUGUCUCCAUCCACCCGUUCAGCUGCAGCCUCGUCUCCGUUCACGCGGACCAGCAGAUCUUCGAGUUUUCCCUGAAGCAGAAGGAGUUCACGGCGUGGAGCCGGAAGCUACAGAAACAAGGAAUGCACCCGCUGUGGCUGCAGAGGGACGCUCCCAUCACCCGGGUCACCUUCAAUCCCAAUAACCCGACUCACAUCCUUCUGCACGACACCUCCAUGUUCUGCAUCGUCGACCAGAUUCUGCCGCUUCCUGAAGAGAAGACGAGGUUCUACAAUCAGUCGGUUCUCCAGAGUCUUUCUUUGGGAGAACGGCUCAGAAACAGCCACGCCUUCAAGGUGUACAGGAACUUCCAGAACCUCCUGUGUGUGGACCUGAUGGAGGACCACUCCCUGGUCGUGGUGGAGCGCCCCCUGCUGGAUAUCGUGUCUCAGCUGCCGGCGCCGGUCCGACAGAAGAAGUUUGCCACAUGAACAACGUUUCUACCACAGAACUGUUCCUCUAGUCCUGGUUUUAGGAGAUGUUUUGUUAUAAAUACAAAUACUUACUGUGA